CUCAGUGAAAAUGAAAAAUUUCAUACAAAAUAUACAAAUUUUGGCAAUUAUCCUCUUGGAAACUCGUCACGCGCGCGCUAUUGGGAAACUCUGCCCCAUCGGCAACUGCAAUAACGCAGGCAAUUGCAUAAUCACCGACAGUGACUUACAAUGCUCGUGUGUCUCUAAUUAUUUCAGCGGCAGGCAUUGUGAACAAUUCAUUGAUCACUGCGCUACGAAUCCCUGCCGCAACGGCGCUACCUGUGAACCCGCGUUAGGACAAUUCGUUUGUAAGUGUGCGCCGUCCUGGGGUGGACAGCGCUGCGAGGUAAAGGACAUGCCAACAUUUACGAAACUGCACGUCCUCUUCGAUCCCGUGGGGGUGUUUGGUGAACAUCAAAAUUUCCUAGUCACCGUAGAGACCUUGGGUACAAUAAAUUUCGUUUAUGAGGCCUUUACGAAAAAUUGUCUCAUCGAUACAUUUGAAUCGUAUCCAAAGAGGAAAAGUGGUUUUCGUUACGCGAGAGACCUACAUGCUGUGGCGAGAUCAUUAGGUUUGCUACAUGCGCAGCGUAUACCUUACAAAAGUGGUUAUUAUCACGAAGGCUAUGAGCGCUUCUGGGACGCAGGUACGUUGAGCGUAAAAGUGCGCGUUGCUGAUAUGGCAUCGAAUGCGCUCUACGAGCACACUUUCGAAUUGUACAUCAUUCAGCCGCCAAGCGUGCCUUGCAUACCAGAUAUCAGCUUCAUGCAUGGUUCCAAUCCGCAGGAGCCGCUCAUGGUGGAUAUAGCACGCUUCAAUGUUUUCAAUGCGAUCAUACAUCGGCAUUGUGCGCCGAACUCACGCAUGAAAAUGGAUUGGACUAUACACAAUAGCAUUGGCACAGUUCUCUUACAUGAAUUCGGCAAUACGGACAAGAAGCAAUUGAAGGUCAAACCCUAUCGCUUAUGGUUCAACUACCAGGGUGUUGUGGCUCAGUCUUAUAUGAUACGUGUCAAUGUGGAUGAAUACUACGAGGACGUGGUUGUGCAUAAAAAAGUUAGAUGUUACAUCUUCGUCAUGUCCAAGCCAGUCUCAGCUCAUAUUUUGGGUGGCAGCACACGUGAGGUGGGUGUUCGGCAGUCCUUCUUCUUGGAUGGCUCGAAGAGCCGUGACUACGCUCUCUCGCCAUUGGCGGAACAAAGAAUGAAUUACCUGUGGAGUUGUGAAUCAAGCGAUGAUAGUUCGAAUAGUUUUUGUGGAGCAAACAUGGGCACAGACCACACCCUCCACGUACCAGCUGGCGUGCUUCGUCUUGGUAAAUCCUACACUUUUACCUUCCGAGUGAGCUCAUAUGUCAGUACAACCGAAAGGGAUGUUGCAAAGCAAACGGUUAAAAUUACAAGCGAAUCAAAGCAUUAUCUUUACAUAUUAUGUGUGAAGAAUUGUGCUUUGGACACAUACGCUGCAGGACGUAAGGUACAUUUACGCAUGCGUUGCCCGAGCUGCACACAUGAACCGACUAUCUCGUGGACGGUUAGCAGCGGUAACAGUCCACCCAGCAACACACUACGCAUUGGAUUCAUGCCACCCAACAGUGGCAGUGUUACCGUCGAAGCAGCCGUGAUAAGCGGCUCCCAGAACGGGAAAGCUGUAAUAGAACUAACACAAAAUGAACCGCCCAAAGCGGGUAGUUGCAGCAUCGAACCCACAAAUGGUGUUGAGUAUGAAACGGAAUUUCAUAUUGAGUGCAAAGGAUUUGAAGACUCCAACGGACCGAUCACUUAUCAGUACAUAGCCGAGACAUUCACCUUCGAUCGCACCAAUGAGCGACGCUUGAGUACGCGAUUGCCGGUGACGAGUAGUGUGAAAAUUGUGGUGUGUGAUUGUCUCUUUGCAUGCACCGAAACACAAGUGUCCGUGGGUGUGUCCACCAUGCAAGCACCACAGAACGAAGCCGCGCUCGAGGCGUUUCUAUCCAAGCCGGCAAAUAACGUAACAAAACUCUUGUUGGAUGGCGAUGUCGAACGCGUUAUGGUAUUAACCGAUGUGCUGACACGAAACGCACGCACGGUGGCCAUGGGUGAGCUUAUACACCAUCACCUGGGUUGGCUGGAGAUGGUAACGUUAUUGAGAGUGGAGCAAAUGACUAAAAUUACGCGCAAUUUCUUAGCACCGUUGCAACCGUUGGAUAAUAAGCGUGUACGCGUAUUCACCAAAUUCCUACGUUUGAUUUCAAAUGGGUUUCACUACAUAAUAACCGAUAGAGAGUAUCGAGAACUACUGCCCGAGCCCUACGAUACGCUCAACAACCAAGUUUUUGAUUUGAUUGCCGAAUUCUCGGCUAAACUGGAAGAUAUGCCGCCCGUUGUGCGUAUCGAACCGGCGAAUAGCGGUUCACCUAGCCGACUCAGCGAACGCUAUGCACCCCUACCGGAUUUCGAUGAAACAGUGCUUACGCGUAUUGAGAAUUGGCUGGAUGUGAUAUUCGAGGUUUUCCGCUGUCUGCAUUUUGUGGGUGUAGCGAGCACAGUUAUGCAUGAACCGACGGAUGACCACUACAAAUUGGAUAAGCCCGGCGUGAAAGUGGACGUUUUCAGCAUCGAAGGCACAAAAAUGCUUAAUCUACAAACGAAUAAUCGGAGAAUUGAAAUAAUGUUGCCAGCCGCUGUACUUGCUGAGCUUGAAAGCACGCUGCAGAGUGGUCAAUUGCAUUUUCAGGUGGUAUCCUUCGAGCGUAAUCCCUUUUGGUGGUAUCCCGACUCUGAGCCACUCAACACUGGCAUAGUUUCGUUCAGCGUUUACAGUAGCGUAGAUCCAAUGAGAGAACAAACGUCGAUAUCAAAUCCAGUUGAGUUCCGCAUGUCUUUAUCCUCCGGCAGCACUGCAGUACCACCAGCUGAACCCAGCAUAGUUGAAGGCUAUGUCAAUGACUCCUUAGACAUGGCUAUCUAUCGCAUCGAGAUGCCAGAAAAUACUGCAGCAAUUGUGAAGUUUUCCGAUCCCACGACACGACUCUGCGUCAAACUGAAUUUAUGCACAAAACCACGUAGCUAUCAGGUACGCGACUCGGCGGAUAUUGUGCCACAGAAGAGCACAUACCACAUUGUCAAUGAUAAGGGUGGCAAUGUUUGGGCAUAUCUGGCUGUAAUGGCGGCAGACAAUAUUUCUUCGCGUGAAACAUUUAAAUUUGAGACCACGAUGUUAAAGUGUCUCAGGUGGGACUUUAAGUUACGCGAUCCCGCAUGGUCUACAGCUGGCUGUGUGCCGAAACUGAACUUAGCCGACAAAGAGAAUAUGACCUGCAGCUGUUAUCACUUGUCCACGUUCGCAGGUAAGCAGCAUUCGACCUACGCCAUGGAGACCGAUACUCCACGUCGUGUGCUGACGCAUUUACCCACUAACGGUUAUAUGGUUUUGUUUUUCUUAUUUCUACUUUUACUUUUCACCGCACUGUUUUGGUGGGCUCACUAUAAUCUGCAUAAUCACAAAGGUGAUCUCAUUACGCUACUCGAUCAGGAGGAAUGUCACAUCGAGUAUGGAGUUAACGUGCAUAUAAGCACCGGCGGUCAUUGGAAUGCUGAUUCGUCGGCAAAUAUUAUUCUCAUUUUCGCUUUGCGUCAAGACACGCGCAAAUUUGUUGUGUAUCAAAACCCCGAGAAUCCACAUCUCGUGCGCAACUCUACAUGCACGCUGCGUUUACCGCUAAGCGGCGAUGAUCUCGCUCAGCCACUAUUACUGAGCAUACGCCGUGAUAAAGCAGGUCGCUAUCCGAGCUGGUAUUGUCGCAGCAUUGUCAUUGAAGACUAUGCCAAUGAGGUCAUGUGCACUUUUGAUGUCGAACAGUGGAUCACGACUAAGCCCUUGGUGCUGGAUGCAACAAAUUUUCACGAAGGCUCGCAGUCUUUUAAGCGUACCUUUCGCGACACGGUAGAAAGCCUCUUCAUACAAUGGUAUCUAUUUCAAGCGCUCACUGGUCCCUGGAAAUAUGGCGAAAUGCCUUUGAAUCGCUUCGAACGUAUCUGUAUUUGGACUGCUAGGUUGGCCAUAAGCAUAUGCAUUGUGACGUGCUAUAUGGGUCGGACUACUUUGAAGACGUACGAAGAAGAGCGCGAGAAAUAUAAUAAUGUUGCUUUUGAUUCGGUUGAAAUAUUUUUCUUAUGUAUUUUCUCUUAUGUUGUUUGCUUUUUUGUUGAGUCUGCUCUGAAAGCUUUCAUUUAUCAUGAUGAAAUAAAGAGAGAAGAAAAUUCUGAGGAGUUCAUCAAAGAAGAAUAAC